UCCAAAAGCAAAUGUGGAACUUAAAAAAAGAUUGCCAACUUCAAAAUCAACACAGUUAUAGAGAAUUAGUAGAAAAGGAAAAGCUUACAGCUUCAUUUGAGGAUUUCAUUUGAGGACUUUUGUAAAGAACUCUGUGUACUACAUAUGAGCUUUAAAAUCUUGGAGCAACAAUCAAUGACCAUGCCAGAUCAAACAAGUUCAGAAGUACAAAUGGAGAACUGGUCAAAAGAUAUAGUCCAAAGUUGCCAUGAACAAGAGACUAUAUUGAAAAAGAAAAAUUCACAGCCAGAUGACCAACUUGUUGCUAGUUCUGCUGGAUUCAUGUACCAUGAACAUAAUAAACUAGCAAAACAGACUUUGUUUGAGAAGACAAAACUUCUGAUGGAUAACCAGAGGAGCUUUUACCCAGAGGAUGAUACUGCAUACUCUAACACUGAAAAAUUGAAUAUCAUAGAACAGAAAAGCAGUGAUCUACUCUGUGAUCUUAUGGCACCUGUUCAAAUUACAGAAAAUAUAGAUAAAGACAAGAUAAUAUCACUCCUUCUAAAAGAAUUGAAUGUUCUCAGGACAACCAAUAAAAAGCUUCAAGAAAAACUGGCUCAAGAAAGUAAAGACUUGAAGACACUAAAGCUUGAACUGGAACUCCUAGAGAGAGCAACAGAAGCUAAAAUUGCUGAAAAGACAGCAGCUCUGGUUGAAGAGAUCUAUUUUGCACAGAGGGAACGUGAUGAAGCUAUCAUGUCUAGACUCCAGUUAGUCAAUGAGGAGAAAGAUGAAGCCAUUUCACGAGCCAGAAAACUUGAGAAAUCUUUGAAAGAGCUAGAAAAUAUUAACCCUGAAGAAAAUGACAUGACAUUACAGGAAUUAUUGAACAGAAUAAACAAUGCAGACACAGGGAGUGCUAUCCAGAGAAAUGGAGCUGUAAUUAUGGAUCGAAUAUACAAGAUCAAGGAAUGUAAAGAGAAAAUAACUACUGAGAAAAUGAAGACAGUGAUAGAGGAACGUGAUGCUGCUUUGUCUAAGUGCAAACGGCUAGAGCAGGAGCUUCAUCAUCUGAAAGAGCAGAACCAGACUUCGGCAAACAACAUAAGACAUCUGACUGCUGAAAACAAUCAAGAACGUGCUCUGAAGACAAAGUUAUUAUCUAUGCAAGAAGAUAGAGAAACUGUUAUUCAACAAUAUAAAAAAUUAAAAGAAGAAAUCCAAACUCUGCAAAUUUACUACAGUUUACAUAAAUCUUUAUCCCAAGAAGAAAGUCUAAAGGACCAAUUUAACUGUACUCUUAGUACCUAUGAGGAUGCUUUAAAAAACAGAGAGGAUAUUGUUUCCAUUACUCAUCAACAAAAUGAGGAACUGACCAUCCAGCUGCAGCAAGCCCUGACAGAGAGAACAAACAUGGAAUUAAAGCUUCAGAAAGCUUUAGAGGCCUCCCAAAAGGCCAGUGAAAAAGUCCAAAAGUUGGAAAAGUUGGUGGACGUUCUGAGGAAGAAGGUUGAAACAGGGACCAUUAGGACGGUGAUCUGACUGAAAGCUUCAGUCUAGGGAAGCAAUCACAUCUGGUGACCAGGCUGCUUCAUUCAAUACUAUGUAAACACUAAAGCCUUCACUUAACAAAGUUGUUAGAAGUUGGAACACUUCAACGAUAUACCAAGCUGAGAUAAAAUCAAAUCACAAAUGUUUAACCAUUUUGUUGCUGAGUUUGGGUUAUUUAUCCAAAUGUAUUAAUUACAGACCUUUACCAAUGGGUGGCUAAAGUUUAGAGCAUGCUUUGAAACUAUUUCUUUUGUCCCAAUUUAUUUUAAAGUUACAUAGAAACAUGGUAUAGCUGAACUGGACAUGUCUUCUCAUAUUACCUGCUUCAGAAUCAAAACUCAGCAGGGCAAAUAUUGUACAAAUCUAAAUCCAUUGUGUUAGGUCAAGAUUUCAAGUACCUGCUAUUUUAAUAUUGAAUAUCUUUAUGAAUAAAUUUUUAAAUGAUUUUCAAAAGAAGCUAUACUGUGUAAACAUAAGAAAACUCUUUUCUCAAUGUUUACACAUAACCUUUAAUAGCACUAAAGAGAAUUACAUAUAUGCAUCAAAAAGUAGUUGUACAAAAGAUGCUUUAUAAAAAGUUCUAUACUAAGGUCAUAUUGAUGAAGGAAUCAUGUUUUAGUCACACUAAUAAAUGUAGUACAGAGUCAUAAGAAGAUGUUUGAGGAUUGUCUUAUUUUUAAUGUGUCUUCACAAGGCUUUACUAAUGUAUUUAAGAACUGCAAUGAGGGCAACUAGGUGGCUCAGUGAAUAGAGCACCAAUCCUGAAGUCAGGAGGAACUAAGUUCAAAUUUGGUCUCAGACACUUAAUGCUUCCUAACUGUGUGACCCUGGGCAAAUUACUUAACCUCAAUUAUCUCAGCAAAAAAAAAAAAAAAGAAAAGAAAAGAAGAAGAAGAAUUGCAAUGGAUAAUAAUGAGCUAAAUUUGGUUUUAAAAAAAAGUAAAUGUGUACAUUAAUAUACGCACAUAUACAUAUGGAAAAAAUUCUGUCUACUAUAUUUGUCGUCUGUCUCAUGUAUAUUAGCAUGCAUUUGCUUGGCUUGAGUCUAAAAUACACUAAGCCUUGGAAUCUAAUGGAAAAUCUUUUAUUAAUUUUAACUAGAUUUUUUUUUGCAUUUGUCAGGAAGAAUAAGAAAUAUUUAGUAAAAUAAUUUAAAAUAAAAGGCUCUUUUAAAAAUGAAAUUUGAAUUAGCAAAAGAACAAAACAAUAAUAAUAGCUUAUGUUUAUAUAGUACUAGAUGUUAUACAAAUUGAUUUGCAUAUAUUACCUCUUUCAGUUAUUAAUCUAGUUGUCAGAGAACAGUAUUAGCUUCAUGUAAUUUCAAAUGAACAUGUUGGCAUGUUCAUUUAUCAUGUAGGAUGAGAAUGAGUAUAGAUAGCCAGGAAUAAGACAACUUGGAUAAAUUAGUAGAGUAUGUAAGACAUUUUCUAAGCCGAUUACAUUUUUUAAAAAAAGAUUUCCAAUUUUGCCAACACAAAAAGAGCUGAUAUAAAUACUUUUUGUACAAAUAGGUCCUUCCCCCCUCCCUUUUUUGGGAUGUCUUUGGAAUAUAGAUCUAGCAGUGAUGUUGCUGGAUCAAAGGGUAUGCACAGUUUUUUAUAGCCCUUUGGGCAGUAAUUUCAGAUUGUUCUCCACCAACUCCACCAACACCUCUUUUUGUAAUGAUUAAGAAUUGGAAAUCAAAGGGAUGCUCGUCAGUUAAGAAAUCAGUAAAUAAGCUGUGGUAUAUAACUAUAAUGGAAUAUUUUUGUGCUACAAGAAAUGACAAGCAAAAUGCUUUCAGAAAAGAACUAAGAGAACACUGUAAACAGUAAAAACAAUAUUGUUCCAUGAAGAACUGUGAAUCACUUAGGUAUUCUCAGCAAUACAAUGAUCCAAGACAAUUCAAAAAUAUGAAACAUAUGAUCCACCUCCUGAGAAAGAAAUGAUAUUAUUUGAAAUACAUAUUGAAGCAUGCUAUUGUUUUUACUUUCUUUUUCUGUUUUUUUUCUUUUAUUCCAGUAUUUUUUUACAAAAUGACAAUUAUAGAAAUGUUUUACAGAAUUGCUCACAUAUAACCUAUAUUUGAUUGAUUACUGGAGGUAAUUUUUACUGAUUACAGGGAGGUGGUAAAGAAUGGAAGGAUAUAAUUUGGAACUCAAAAAUUUAAAUAAAAAAUGUUAAAGGAAAAAUAUCUAAAGAUAAUAUGACUUGCAUUUUCUUCUUGUAGAAGAAAAAUCAUUUGAACUUCUCUGAAAAUAAAAGUUUCUAUAAGAUACAAAAGUAUAGAAAAUAUAUAAUUUAUUCUCUACUUCUCUGUCUUUAUUCUUUUUUUUAAUGGUAAUUAGGGGCAUAUCCCAGAGCUGUAAACCAAUAAGUUACUCCUGCUGGCUGAUUCUUUAAUAGUGUACCUAUUAAAGCCAAUCCUAACCAGAUCCAAUCUUCAGUCAGAAAGAAAUAGAGCUUCUCCCAGCCCAACAACAUUCUUCUCUCUCUAUUGUAUCAAGUAGAA